UCUGCUACCGUCAUCGCCGCCUCGCCGAUUCCGGCCUCCACAAACACUAAUCGGCUACCGUCAUCGCCUCCACGACUCUACGUUUCCCGAUUCAAGUUGUUUGUUACAGUAUGCGAUGUUGCAGGAUGGGUUUUCAAGAUAUAUGCUUGGAUUGGUUGUAACUCUGAGAAAUUUGGCCGCUUAUAUGCAGCCGCGCCUACUUGGCCGAAAAAUACAGUGAUUGUUAGUUCAAUACUUGGAGGGGUUUCUGACAAUACUGGAUCUGGCAUUGCUCAAAGAUUAGUGAUAAAGACUGGUCUCAAUGUGAUUUUGGCUUGCAAUAUACCUAAGAAUAGUCCUAUGAGUGAGGUAAAUGCGGAGAAGAAGUUGGUUGAGAAGCUGAUGAGUUUGGGGUAUACAAGGCCAAAAUCUUCAUAGCAAAGAGGGACCGCCUUUUUGUUUGGUGGUUGAAAGUGCCAUUAUGAUAUAUGUUAUGUACCUGUUGAAACAGUGGAAUUAUUAAAGGGGGUUCCAUAUACUGAUUUACUGAUAGUAAUUUGUUAUGUUUUCCUCAAUAGUUGAUAUUCAGUGAUUUGGAGGUGUUAUAAUUGAAUCUUCACUAGCUCUAGCUUUUUCCUUAUUAGGAGCCCUGUCUUGUUACACAAGAAAGGUUACUGUUAUGAAGAAAAUUUUAAGUUUCCCUUG